AUGCGCACCGCACCUGAGAGCAUACCUGUGCGCACGCCCCCCGUCCGCGACGGGCUCCUCCGCGCACAAAAUCGCCGCCCACGCGACCAGCGUCGGCGCCAAAAUGCGCGCACCCGCAUUCUCCGCGCUCGCGACGACCCUGCCGGAUCGCAGGGCUCCAUCCUUUCCCUCGAAAUGAUCGGCGGCGGCUUUUACGAAGCGUGCGUCUCCUUUGCCCGUUUUCCCCUUGCCCGUCUUUCUUUCUUUCCAUUCCAUCUCUCUCUCGUCCCCUCUCGUCGUCCCUUCGCGUACAUUUGGUGUAACAUCCAUCCGUCGCUUGCACGAAUGCACGACUCCAUGCAACCCCGAUCGUGUCCACAACCGGCGAGAUUCGCGUCUCUGCGUGCCAGUCCAUUCCUCGGGUUUAAUCUCGCGUCGCUACCCUCUUCCGUGGAUGCGUGCAUCCAAAUCAUUCUGCCUGAUUGCCUCGAAGCCUAG